ACUUACACUGUGGCACGCCGGCAAACCUGAAAACAUAACACAUGCCCAAUAUUUACAGUCUAUGCACAUGCCGCAUCAGCCGCUGACUUAACUGCACCAUGAAUUAGACAGUUUAAUCGUUAUUAUGAGAUAACUUUCUUUCAUCAGACACGUUUAGUUUUUACAAUGUCGGACGUGUCAGAGAAACCUCUUCAGAACUGGAUCCUUCUGCAUCCCACCUAUCUGCAAAUGCAAAAACUCGAGGUGGAGGACAAAGAACAGAUUCAUGCAGCUUUCCUGGUGUACAUGGAUCUGACUGAGGGUGGUGCGUGGUGGAAAGAAGUGUCUUGUGUCAAGAGUCUUGAGCUACAGCUGGUUUUACUGGAGGGGAGGGAAAAAGAAGGAGCACCUAUACAGACAGUUCUACCUCUGCCUGUUCACCGAUCUCUGACCCACAAAAGCAUACGACAGGUGCUGGACAGAGGCUACUCCAUGCUGCUGUGUGCUGUAGCUUCUGACUCCACUCUGGUCUACCAGAGGAUGACUGACGGGCUGGUGACCCCUGACCCUCCUGUUGGACCCUUUCAGGAUGCUGGACGCCGGCAGCAUCGCAAGAGAAGGCAGCAACACUGAGCAGCUGGACUGAGGCGACACCUUGGUGUUGUCUGUGAAUCAUAGAGGAACAGAACGGGUCAGGCAGAUCCACAGUCUGUCUGUGUCUGUCUCUGUAAGCCACACUGUAAAAAGGUUUGGCUGCGCUGAUUUAACAUGGCAGCAGGAGCAAACGGACAGAACCAUAGAGCUCCCUGGAAAACAACGCUGGCUUCAUCCAACCAGAGAAGAGUUAUUCUCAAACCCUAGAGCUUUUUGCGUCUUAACUGGGACGUAGAGAGAUUUGAUUUUGUUUUCAAAUGACAUGAAGAGUUAGUUAUGAUGUAAAUUACCAAGAGAAAAUUAUGAUUCUGUGUAUAAGUACAUCUUUUCAUCCGUUUCCCUGACCUCUGGUCUUCUGACCUCUCUGAUUGUGACAGUUCUGACAUGAAAACACACACUUACCAGUUCAAGUCGAGCCUUUCACAGAAUCCCAGUGCAUCUACUUACAGUCUUCGUAUUAAUGUUUGAGGUAGCUGCAGGAAAUGAAUUAUUGUAAGUCUGUAAAAAUAAAUGAAAAUAUAAUGAGAUACAUAUUUAUAUCAUUAAGUUAUAUUUUAUCCAAACAGCUCUCAUAAGGAUCUCUCAAAUUGUGCCAAAAUUGUCAAGUUUGGGAUGUAAAAACUGUUUUGUUUCAUAUGAUUUUCUAAACAACAGAAAAACCUUAUUUUGAAAGAGCCAUUGACGGACGUGACUAAAGUCAGCCGCUGCACCAGAAACCAGGUGAAGAAUUUGAAUACUAACAUCAUGUUUGAUAAAUUAAGCUUCAGGUGAAGAUGAAAUGUCACUUAGAUUCUGUCAAAAGUGACAUUUAUUUUAUUUUAUUUUGAAGUCACCAUUUUAAAUAGUUGGAGAUUUCGAUAAAUACUCUCUCCAGUCCUGGUUGAUCGCAUGCAUGUGCAGCUUAGAGGGUAAGCUCAGCUUUGUGUAGAUGUAUUACACCAUGAAGUCAUUAGGACUUGUUGAAUGUUUGAUCUGCGUUGAGUUAGCUUACUUUGUGUUGCAAUAAGCUAGCCAAGUCAAAUCACUCUUAUCUCGCCUGCUCUGUUUGUUAACUUUUCCAUCCAAAUCUCUUCAUCUCUCUCAGUAAUCUGUCAUUUAUUCUCUAGUGAUGUUUUACUAAUGGAGAAUAAAUGUAUUAGUGGUCUUUGG